AUGUCAUCACAGACCAUAUCUUUAGAAAAUGCGGAUCAAUUCAUUUUAGAUUUCUUAAAUGCAGAAGGUGGUGGAUUUGAAAGUAGUAUUGUCAAUAGCAGUCAUACGUGCAACAGCCGCCGUAAUAGUGACACCCAUAAGAAAUGUAAAACUGCAAAUAGUGGUGGCAAUAGCGCAGCAACUGAUGCCGUUGUUGAAAGUGACGACGAAUUUGAAGAGUCGUUUACUUGCACCAUUUGUCAUGAAGCUUGGUAUAGCACCGGCUGCCACCGCGCAGUAAGCAUCAAAUGCGGCCAUUUAUUUGGGAAGCAAGAGAUGGAUUCAGGAGAAGAAAAGAAAAUCUGCGCACCUGCAGAGUUGGGAGACUUACGCUUGAUUAUACCAGCCAGAAUUGCAGUCAAAGACACGUCAAAUUCCAGAGACCUCUACAAAGAAAUUGACAGCUUAAAAAUGCAGAUCAAAUGCCUAGAGAAAGCAGUGGAUAUCUCUAGAAUGUCACUGAAUUUAUACAAGCGUGAAUAUCAGAAGGCAAAAGAGAAAAGGAUAAUGAUUGGCACGACAUCAGCUGAAAAACUGAUUAAGACUAGUUAUGAUAUCAAUAUAGAACCCGAUCCAACACCAGUGAGCAUGAACAUGGAAGCAUGUUCUGCGACUACCCAGGAUACAGUCGUUAUACCCACAGCUCCAAAUACUGUACUUAACAUAAAUGACCACAGCAUUAUACCCCAUCAAAAUAGAAUCAUUGAACGUUUUACUAUUUAUACAUCCUAUCGCGUUUCCACACAGCGAAAUAUUUGUAGUGCCAUGGCUAUUCGUGCGUCUGCAAACUCUGCUUAUGUUUCUUUGAAAGUAUCUCCUGAAAAUUAUAGCAUAGUUAAUAUCAACGUAGGGCGGCAGAGCACUGUUGAUAUUAACUAUCCUAGCAAUGCUGCCGCUUUAAACACUACAACAAGCAUGUCAGGGUUGAUGCCAAAUAUUCAUGCCAGCCAGAUCAACGCACUUCAAUGCUUUAAUCAUACCCUUCUGUCCACUGGUGUUGACAAGACGCUUAAAAUCACCUGUGUUGAUACAAAUCAGGUCGAGCAAAUUAUGGAAUUACCGCAACCUGGGCGAACAUGCCAAUUCGAUCCAUUGGAUACUACAAAGGUCUAUUGCGGAUUAUCAAAUAGCCAAGUGAUGAUUUUCGAUUUGAGGAACCCAAAUCACGCAGUAAACACAUUGAAGAACGAAAGCAACAAAAACUCACCUCUGCAUUCCAUGUUGAUCAGAAACCUUGGUGACAAUAAGAAAGAUAUUUAUUGCUCAAACUUGAAUGAGACCUUUAUUUGGCGUUGGGAGAACGGUUAUAGGCCGUAUUCCCUCUCAUUCCACGCAACUUUACAAAAUCAAUAUGAAGAAGAUGAAGGGACGUUAUUGCUAUUAUCAUCACGCCAUCAAGGAAAAGCAAUGAAGCACCAGAUUAUCUGCGUCAAUUCGACCGAGCUAGAUCGCAUACAUCAUCCUGAUAUUUUAUUGGAUUAUAAUAUCCCACUACAGCAAAAUUCUAUGAGAAAGACGUGUUCUUUCUCUGAUAGCAAGGAAGAUAUUGCUACCGACUCAAUCAUCUGCUACAGUGAUGAAGAAUAUGAAAGACUUUGUUUCGGAAGGGCUAAGAACGAAUUUCACAGCCUUCGCAUUCAUAGCUGUCCCAAUGAUAUUCAAUUUCAAAAAACUUAUGGUUAUCAAGCCCGUCAUGCAGAUGGACUGGUAGCUUUUUCAUACAAUAACUUCAAAAGUUUGCUUUCUUUACCAUAA